AUGUCGAAGCGAAUAAUCGUAACUGGUGGCUCCGGCAAAGCAGGUCAAUAUAUCAUCGGCCAUCUUCUCGCUCAGGGAUACUCCAUCUUGAACCUCGACCUCAACCCGCUACCGCCACCACUCAAUGAAAAGGUCCACACUUUGAAGGUAGAUCUCACCGACAAUGGCCAAGUCCACGGUGCCCUGCUGUCGCAUUUCCGCCUCACCGAGCCAUUCCGCGAACCUCACCAGCAGGUCCCCGAUGCCGUCAUUCAUCUCGCGGGAUACGCGCGCAACAUGAUCGUCCCUGACACAGAGACUUAUCGAGGCAAUGUACUAUCAUUCUACAACGUGAUCGAAGCGGCCUGCCGGAUUGGCGUGAAGAAGAUCGUCCUGGCGAGUUCCAUAACCGUGUAUGGGGUUUCAUUCGCUGAGGGCGAUGUUGAUUAUCCAUCCUUCCCUGUGGAUGAGGAUGUCGAUGCGAACCCAAUGGAUGUAUAUGCCUUGUCUAAGGUCUGCGGGGAGCGCACGGCACGGAGCUUUGCGCGACGGUUUGGGAAUGACAUCUACGUGAUGCGAUUAGGAGCGGUGGUCGCGCCGGAGGAAUUCCAGGACAAGUUCCAAGGAUAUGUGGAGAGACCGGAGGAGUACAAGGUACAUGGAUGGGCAUAUACGGAUGCAAGGGAUAUUGGACUUAUGUUUGAAAGAUGCCUGGUGACCGAUGGGCUAGGGUUUGAGAUCUUCAAUGCAGUCAAUGAUGAGAUUACUAAUUUCGCCGAAUCGACUAUGGCGUUCUUGGAGAAGAUAUGUCCCAACAUCCCGGUUACGAGGCAGAUGGAAGCCAGGGAGGCUCCGGUGACCAAUAGAAAGAUGAAACGAAUGCUGCACUUCGAGCAGAAAUAUCGCUGGCAGGACUUCUAUGUAGCUGCCGGCGAUCGAUAA